CUAAGGGCCCCGGGUGUUGGGGGCAGGGACUUUCCGCCCGAUUGGGAAAAUGGCGGAGGGCGCGGACGGGGCAAGCGGCGAGCAGCACGAUCAGGCCGAGGGCAUGAAGGCCAAGGCGAACCAGUAUUUCAAAGAUAAGGAUUACGAUAAUGCCAUUAAGUAUUAUACACUGGCCAUCGAGCUGAACUCGGAGAAUGCUAUUUAUUAUGGGAACCGCAGCUUGGCAUACUUACGGACUGAAUGUUAUGGGUACGCCUUGUCAGAUGCCACCAAGGCAGUGGAGCUGGAUAAGAAAUACAUUAAAGGAUACUACAGGAGGGCGACAGCCAACAUGGCAUUGGGCAAGUUUAAGGCAGCGCUCAAAGACUACGAUACGGUCGUUAAGGUGAAGCCAAACGAUAAAGAUGCUAAAAUGAAAUACCAAGAAUGUAACAAAAUUGUCAAACAGAAAGCGUUUGAACGUGCAAUAGCAAACGAUGAACUGAAGAGAUCAGUAGUGGACUCUUUAGACAUAGAGAGUAUGACAAUCGAAGAUGAUUAUACCGGUCCCAAACUGGAAGAUGGGAAAGUCACUUUAAAGUUCAUGAAAGAGCUAAUGCAGUGGUUUAAAGAUCAGAAGAAAUUGCACAGAAAAUGUGCUUAUCAGAUUCUGGUCCAAGUGAAAGAAGUCUUAUCAAAACUCCCAAGUUUAGUUGAAAUCAUGCUCAGUGAGAAAGAGUCCAUUACCAUUUGCGGAGACAUUCACGGACAGUACUAUGACCUGUUGAAUAUAUUUGAACUCAAUGGAUUACCUUCAGAGUCUAAUCCUUAUUUAUUUAAUGGAGAUUUUGUAGACCGAGGGUCAUUUUCUGUGGAGGUUAUAUUAGUCCUGUUUGGGUUUAAGCUGCUUUUGCCAAAUCACUUCCACGUUCUCAGAGGUAACCACGAAACAGACAACAUGAACCAAAUGUAUGGCUUUGAGGGUGAGGUGAAAGCCAAAUACACAUCACAGAUGUUUGAGCUCUUCAGUGAGGUCUUCCAGUGGCUGCCUUUGGCUCAGUGCAUUAACAGUAAAGUAUUGAUAAUGCACGGAGGACUCUUCAGCGAGGAUGGUAUAACCCUGGAAGACAUCAAGAAGAUUGAUCGGAACCGACAGCCGCCAGAUUCAGGUCCAAUGUGUGAUUUGCUCUGGUCAGAUCCACAGCCUCAGAACGGGAGGUCAGUCAGCAAGCGUGGCGUCAGCUGCCAGUUUGGUCCAGAUGUCACUAGCCGAUUCCUGGAAGAGAAUAAAUUGGAUUAUAUCAUCAGGAGCCAUGAGGUGAAACCAGACGGCUAUGAGGUUACACAUAACGGCAAAUGUAUCACUGUGUUUUCAGCGCCAAAUUAUUGUGAUCAGAUGGGAAACCAAGGAGCGUACAUUCACCUCACGGGCUCUGAUCUAAAGCCCAUCUUCCAUCAAUUUAAAACUGUGCCUCACCCGAAUGUUAAGCCAAUGGCGUAUGCGAACUCACUACUGCAGAUGGGGAUGAUGUAGCAUCCAUGCAUCUGGUUUGGACAGUAUUCCCUCCCGUGGUGGGUGGGGCAUCAGGGUUUAAUUUAAUCUUCCUCACUAACUACCAUCUCCGAACCAAGUCUCCCGCCUUCCCUGGGCCCUCGCUGACUUGGGUUCUCUCUGAGUGCAGGGUCCUCCUGGUACGGAGAGGCAAACGUGCGUGACGCCUGCACUCUCAUGCACACAGUAACAACAUGGCGUGCCCUUACAAGCAUGGUCCCUGAUCAAGUUCUUAAUAUCUAGAUCAGUUAGGCUCUGCAGAAUAAAUUAAUUUAAAUUCUUUACCUGCUGUAGUUUUUCUUUCAACUUCCAGAGGGGAACAGUUCUAUGACUGACUGUUUUCAACCGCUUCUUAAUGAACAGAGGGAUAGUAAAGAUGAUCUGUGGUCUCUGAUUGGCUGCUCGAUCCCCCAGAUUCUCCUUUGUUUGCAAUCACCCUCAAUCAGAACCUGCUCCGCGGUGUUCCAAAGGCAAAACCGCGAGAUCUCAAAAUGUAAACACGUUAAUUGCGAUUGACCGUGGCUUUACACAGGGCAAGAAGCACAUUGGCAAAACUAGCUUCCAGUUUCAUAUUGUUACUCUUGUGCGUGUUUGUGCAACCUACUCAGCCCUGGGGCAGUCAAGCUGUGGCCUGUGAUUUCCCCCUCCUAACCAGACAACGUGAACCCCCUACAAGCACGUUUCCCCAUCUCCCAGCUGGCAUCCGGAUUUUUCACACGUGUCCAUCUUUCCCUCCUGGCUGACUUAUGCUGUUUGAAUUUUGCUGGGAUUGUUCCUGGGCUGUUCACCAUCAAAAGUCGGAAUCGCUCUGGACCAGCAGUUUAUCGGCGAUUGCAAAUCUGAUAGGGAGGUAAAGGUUCUGUGCUUUCUCGGCCAGUGAACGGACUGGAAAGCCUAAACCACCUGCAGGUUCCAGUGUAGUAUUGUGUGUCUCACUGGGAAAGGGAUGUUGGAGAAGGCCAAAGAGCUCAAUUCAUGAAAGACAGACUUGGGAGAACGUUUGAUCCAGUGCAAACUCACUUUUUGUGGGGGUGGUUGCAGAAGAUGCAAUAACCUGGGAGCGGACCAGUACGUUUACUCCAUCCUCUUCAGUGCAGUUGAGCAGUUGUGAUCCACUAAGAGAGAUAUUCCCAUCGCACCUUUCAGCACCUGGAGAUGUGUCCCAAAAGCCCUGUAUGGCCAGUAAGGUAAAAUUUGAAGUGCAGUUAUGGUUGUAAGAAAUACAGCAGCCAACUUGUACACACAAAGCUCUAGCAAAGAGACAGGUACAUAAGAAAUAAGAUCAGAAAUGGGCCAAUCAGUCCAUCGAGCCUACUCUGCUAUUCACUAAGAUGGUGGCUGAUCUUGCAUCUCCAUUGCACCUCCCCAUAUUCUUGGAUUUACUUUGUAUCCGGAAAAAUCAAUUGAUCCCAAUCUUGAGUGUUCUCCCGUUUGUAUGGAUUCCAAAAAUGCGAUUUAACUUGUCCCGAUUCAUAGAGAUUAAAAUCGCAAGAUAAUCUAUGAUGCCUGCAGGAUUGAGUGGUCAUUUGACCCGUGUCCACUUGUCCGUGCAGAAAGCACCUCUAGUUUCUUCCCCUUUCCAAUAUCCAGCUGCUCUUUUCAACACUUAAUUCUCCUAUUCAGUAAGAACAAAAUACUGCAGAUGGUAGAAAUCUAAAGUGAAAACUGAAAAUGAUUGAAAAACUUAGCCAGUCUUGCAGGAUCUGAGGAGGAUUAAUGUUUGGUUCCUGGACUCAAAACCUGCUGAGUUUCUCCAACAUUUUCUGUUUUUGUUUUUAUACAUGAUCCUCUGCUGCUCUCUUAUGGUUAUUCCCCCCCCCCCCCCACCCCCCCUCCCCCCGGUUCCCCUCCACUACAACAAACCGAGGGCUGGAAUCCUGGUUUUCUGUCUGUACACAUUCCCGACAGCCUCACCUAAUGCUCCUGUGAUUGAAACCUCCCAGACCAUUUCUCAAUCAAGUCCAUCCAUGUGUGAUCACUUAGUCUUCAACACAUGGAUACGCCCCCACACCUCCCAACACACACAACUCUCCUCUGCAUAGACCAGCCCUCCCAAACACACACACACAUAUACGAUCCGUGCAGUUUUAUUUUCCCCAGAACAGUCACUGCAGUACACUUAGGAAAAGCCAGUUAAGAAGGAGGAAGACCCAAGGAGUCUCAUAUCCAUCAUGAAGCAGAUAGGGAUUGGAGUUGACUCUUUGUUCCCUUGUUCCUGUGCUUAGCCCAGCGCCCCCAUGUCUGGGUGUCCUCUAACCAUGCCUUCAGUGACCUCCAGUACUGAGGCGGUUUUGUGACUCUGCCCUCAAGUGAAAACUGCACCAUACUUGGAGCAUUUGCUAAAAUGAAUAAUGACAGAAGCAGCUGGAAUGUUUGGGGAAUAUUACCUAGAUGUCUGUCAGCACAGGGAGAACACUGAUCUGGGAUGGAAUAAGGUGUAUGCCUGUUUCAAGAGAAGCAAUUCUCUUUAAGAUAUUUGUGUGAUGUUGCCAAUCCUCUGUUGCUCAAGCCUACUUGCCCCCCUGUAGGCUGCGGUCCGUGUGGUAUCAGUGUACCUUCAGUGCUGUUUGACAGAGCUUCCCAGAAAUUUGACCCUUAAAAAAACAGUAUUGAGAGACCUGUAUGUAUUGAUGUUCCCUCAUGCCUGGUAACCCCUCUGGCAGCUGGAGGCCACCAAUUCAGGCAGUUGUGACGGGAAGUGAAAACAACACCUGUUCUGGAUCAGCUGAGUGAAAAUCUCUUCGGUUGGCACCCAACACUCCGCAAUUUGUCACCGCCUCCCUUUUGCUGAAUAACUUCAGAUCCUCCUGUCAACUGUUAAUAAUCCUUCUGGAUAUUGUUAACAUCCAUGUUACAAGGGGAGACCUCCUCCAGUGGGGAAUGUGACAAUCAUUCUGAGCUUCUAGAAAGUCAGACAGCAUUUCCCUUAUGAAAAUGGCAUGACCAUUUCCCUCCUGAGAUUUCCCAACGCACCAGGGAAGCGCUCUGGUUGUUACGAACGCACAAUCAUGGUUUCUCCGAACGGUGAGGGAGCAGUGGCCAACGCAGUGUGCAUUGCAUUUCCUCUUGUUUCUGCCAAGCUGAGUGGUUUGGUGUUCUUUUUUUGGCACACUCAUAAUUGCAAAGCCAAGUUUGAUCUGCAGGCAAAGGGGCCUUCGGACUCACCGUGCUGUCAGUUUUGAUCUUGGGUUUGGAUUGAGAUGGUUGGGGGGAGACUUGACAACCUGGUGCUCAAUUUAGGCACAAAGAGUUUUAUAAUUGUGUGUGUUUGCCAUCAGAAUGUCACUGUCAAAUAAAAAUUUAUUCAAAUGUUAGAAUUCUGAAUUAUAUUUAAUGACAAUGUGCAUUGUGGUGUUUGAAGGCUUGUGACUUCCUGAAGAUUGUAUUUGCCAGGAGGAAGCAGUAUGUUGAAUAAAGUAAAGGUUGCAGGAAA